GGCGGCGGCGGGGGCGCUUCCGGGGCGGCUGGAAGUGCGCAGUGCCAAGAUGGCGGCGGCCGCGGUCGGAGUCUCCUUGAGGCGCGGAGUCCCCGCACGGCUCCUGCGGGCCGGGCCGCGGGCGGUGCUCCGUGAGGCGCAGACGGCGGCGGCGGCGCCGCGGCUGAAGAAAUUUGCCAUCUACAGAUGGGACCCCGACAAGGCUGGGGACAAACCCCGCAUGCAGACCUACGAGGUGGACCUGAACAAGUGUGGGCCCAUGGUGCUCGAUGCCCUGAUCAAGAUCAAGAACGAGGUGGACUCCACGCUGACCUUCCGCAGGUCCUGCAGGGAGGGUAAGGACAGGGAAUUCCCGCCUGGAAUCCCCCAGGGAGCUCAGACCCCCUCCCCUCCCCGCCCCAGUGCAGCCAGGAGCGAGGCUGGAGCAACUCCAUUAUCAGGGGUCAAUCCCCCAAUUACAGCUCCAGGUAAUGAAUUUAUUAAAGUUUUAAUAACUCAUUUUGUUGAUGCUCUGCGGGGCCUGGGGCUGUCAGGUGUCCCUGGGUUUGUUUUGUCUGAACAAAACGGGCGAGCAGCAGCUGACAGGCCGUGGGGUUCGGAGCUGGGGACUGAGCAGGGUCUGGAGACACAAAAUCUCAAUGCCAGGGUGUCGGUGCUGGCUGUACCGGGCGGUACCGGGCAGUGCCAGCGGUGCCAGCGGUGUCACUGUCCCCAGGCGUACCGCUGGAUGAUCGACUCCCGCGAUGACUUCACGGAGGAGCGGCUGGCGCAGCUGCAGGAUCCGUUCUCGCUCUACCGCUGCCACACCAUCAUGAACUGCACCCGCACCUGCCCCAAGGGGCUGAACCCCGGCAAAGCCAUCGCCGAGAUCAAGAAGAUGAUGGCGACCUACAAGCAGAAGGCAGCGGCUGCGUGACCCCAGAGUGACCCCGGAGUGACCCCAGAGUGACCCUGGAGUGACCAGAAUGACCCCGGAGUGACCCUGGAGUGACCCCAGUGACCCCGGAGUGACCCCGGUGACCUCACAGCCGGGCAGCUCCAGCAGGGCGUUACUUGCAAUAAAGGCUCUAAAGAACA